UAGACCAAUGAACCAUCAACGAUCGGCCGGGGUCGUCAGUCAGGGUGGUCGGGGUCCGUGGUUGGCGAAGGGUGUUCGCGCGGGGACGGGAGCCACCUGUGAUUGGCUGCGGGGGGCGGAGACGUUCAGGUGUUGCCAAAUUUUGUAGCAACAUUUUGUUGUGAGUUGCUGGCGGGAGCAAGAUGCAUGCGAGGCUUCCCAGUUUGACCCUGCCCAGGAAGGCAGAUAGCGAGGUACUUAUGCCUCCAGUUGCUGCAGAUGAAGUUCUGUACAACAACAGUCUUAUCCAGCAGCUGACUGUGGCAGCAAAGGAUGCAGCUCUUCUCCAUGGAGUUCUCAUGAGGACGAAAGAGGAACCAUCUAGCACUGAGACAGCUAGCUAUGCACCAUUUAGUCUCUUCCCAUCACCUGUACCGAAGAAACUGUUCACGCAGGCAUGUGAGGUUCAACAAGACUUUAAUUUGCUGGUUGACCGAAUAAGCCAGGACUCUGAAUUUCUAACCAAAGCGCUAGCAAGCACCGUGGAAGUGGAUGAUUUCACAGCAGGCCUCUUCGGGAUCUAUAAAGAAGUGCUGAAAGAAGGUAUUGCCCAGCCAAUUACUUUAGGUAUAAACAGAUCUGACUACAUGUUUGACAGAGGACUUGAUCACAAUGUUUCCUUAAAACAAAUAGAAAUUAAUACCAUUGCUGCUAGUUACGCAGGACUGGCUGAGCGGGUCCCAGAUGUGCAUAGGCAUGUUCUGAACUUCUGGGGAAAAUCUGAUGAAGCUGCUAAGAUCUUGAGUAAUCCUGCCGUAAAAGGCAUUGCUGAAGGAAUCGCAAAAGCGUGGCAAUUAUAUGGAUCACCAGAGGCAGUGGUUCUCUUCCUAGUUGAAAAGAUCUCCAAGAAUAUCUUUGACCAACGCUGCUUGGAAAUGGAGCUGUGGAAUAAAAACAUUCGUGUAAUUAGGAGACAGACUGUGGACAUACACGAGAGAGGGUCCCUGAACGAAGAGAAGAAACUUUUUGUAGAUGGAUAUGAAGUUGCAGUGGCUUACUUUCGCACUGGAUACAGUCCAGAAGAUUACCACGAUGAAGAUUGCUGGGAAGCACGGUUAUUGAUUGAACUUUCCAAAGCGAUUAAAUGUCCCGAUAUUGCUACCCACCUCGUGGGAACGAAGAAAGUCCAGCAGGAGUUAGCACGCAGUGGCGUGGUAGAGAAAUACUUAACCGAGUGUCCAAAAUCCGUCGAGCGCAUCCGUGCAACGUUUGCCGGCCUGUACAGCAUUGACGAGGUAAACAGAAUAUACACGCUAAGAACUCUAAAUGAUUUCUGUUACGGAGAGUUUUUAAGAAGCUCCCUGUGACCAGUUACACAAGCGGUAAAUGCGGCCACCUGCUGCUGGUUGGUAUAUCUUUAACAAUAUUUUCUGCAGUAAGACUUUUGCUGUACAAAUAUUGCCGUGUUAUUUGAGACUAAUGGCAUGUAUUUGAUGCAGCAGCCCGCACUGCUUUUUGAUAAGAACUCUCCGUCACAUAGUUUACUUUAAACUGUGACACUGAGAUUUGCCUGUUCAUCUCAUGGGAAAAUAAAACUUGACAACAAUGUGCUGGCCAACAUUGCAAUGCCAGAAGCACUUGAUUUGUUGCAACGAGAGAUCCUGAUGUUGUGAAUGGUUUAUGGAAACAUAAAUAUAUCUUGAGUGCAUUGGAAGGGAGGGUAUGUUCAUAAGAAGUAGAAAAUGUUAUCUUUUACAGUGCUAGUUAAGGCAUUGGCUAACUGUUCCAUGCGUAUUUACAGCCUGUCAAGCUUUUUCUGAUGAAUUAGAUGGGGGUUGAUCGAUAUGUUAACUCCUUCUGCUUCUGUUGCGUGUAUAUCUUUCAAAACAGUCUUGAACAAGCAUCCAUUCAUGUCCAUCUUGAAAUUUUCGAUUGACCAUCCCGCCCUCAAAUGGCAUUUUUGUUUUUGAAGCUCGGGGUUCCAGAUUCUCUCUCCCUACUUUCUGCUGUUAUCCCUUUUUAAGACUUCCUUGCUGCCUUAACCCCACAACCCCUGCAGAAAAACCCCAAAUACUAGAAAUCGGCACGAGUAGGCCAUUCAUCCCAUCGAACCUGCUGUACUUGAGCAGAUUAUACUGAUUGUCGGUCUCCACCCUAUCUUUCUCUACAAUCCCCCUAUCGCACGAUACCUUC